GGCCUCAGCAGCAAGCCCAUCUCUUCUACUUAUACCACUCCUCCGAAUCGUCUGCUACGACAAGAACAAGCAGCUAUCCACUCCACGCAACCGUUCCGAACGUAACCGUGACCAAGAAACAGGACAUCGGGAGGGUCGAUGGCACUCGACCUCGAUGAUCCGCUCAUCCAGAUAAAGAUCACAGAGUCGGUCUGUGGAUUUGUCGCGAUAUGCAUGACUGCAGUCAGGCUGUAUAUUCGGAGAGGGAGAUACUGGUGGGAUGAUGCUUGGACGUUCUUUUCCUUGCUCUGUCUUUUGAUUCAGAUCGUGAGCGUGUUUAUGCACGUAGAGAACCCUGACUCCCUCCCGCACACCUCCCUAAUCGCAGCCUACUACCUCAUGGCCUCCACCUUCUACGUAACAAUCUGGACCGCCCGCCUCUCCAUCCUCUUCUCCAUCAUCCGCAUCGACCCGGACCCCCACGUCCGCCGUCGCCUCACCUUCGUCGCCGGCCUUUUCUUCGGCGCGAUCUUAUUUUUUCUGGCGCAGUUGCUUUGGGUGUGUGAACCCCAGAAGGGUUGGAAGGAGGAGAGGAGCCCGCAGUGUGCGUUGAAUAAGGAGGUGGCUAUUUGUCAGGUCGUUUCCGACGUCCUCUCCGACCUCCUCCUCAUAACCCUCCCCCUCCGCCUAAUCCACGGAAUCAAAUCCUCCUCCCUCCGCCGCCGUCUCUACAUCAUCUUCUCAACCUCCAUCAUCACCACCAUCGUCUCCCUCGUGCACGCAGCCUACAUCAUCACCGAUGGCGGAAUCAAAGUCGUCAUCGCCGCCCUAGUCGAAGACUGCAUGUCCCUCUCCGUAGCGAACGUCCCCGUCGUCGCAACCGCCAUCCUCCGCUGGUGCGGCGUCGGUGAAUCUUCAGGCGACGGCGCACCGCGUACCCCACGGACCCGGCGUACUCCAGGCACUCCUCGAGGGGGAACGGACACAGAACGCGAAGUUGAAGAUGAUGAUGAUGAGGAGGGAGGGCCACGAUUCGCGUUUAGUACUACGUUCCGGUUCCGCUCCAGAUGGACUAUAGGGACGAGAGAGGGAGCGACGACGAAUGGUAUAACUACUACCAGGUUGGGGAGGGCGUUGAGCGGUGGGAUGGGGAUGGGGACGGUGCUUGAGACGAGGAGGGAGGGGGGGAUGAAGAGCGGUGGGUCGGAGAUGGAGAUGGGGAUGGAGGAGGGGGGGAAGGGAUCGAAGGGGUCGAAGGGGUGGACGGGGACGACGGGGACGACUGGCACCACGGGAUCGGGGUCUGGGAGCGAUGUGGACGGGGAUGGGGAGGGGGCGGAGGGAGAAGGGGAGGUCCCGAAUUCGGCGUCGAGGCUUAUGCAUCCUGUGCCACCAUCUCCGCAGACGCCACAGACGCCGCAAUCGGGACAGUCAAGGCCGGGAGGGAAGGUGAGGAUGAGUGGGGAGUCGACAAAAGUGGAGAUGGAGAGGCCGCCUGGGGUACCGGUUCCGGUGCCCCCGUCGCUGCCGCGAACACAUACACAUUCCAACCCCGCACCACAAAUACAACCACCACAAUCACACCUCGACUCAUCACAACCACCUCCACCACCACCACCACCUCAACCGCCACUUCCCCCGCCACGUCAGCCACCCCAACCACAACUUCCACCAAGUCGAAGCCGAGACCGAGUCGGACAACCAGAUCGCGUCGGACAAGAGAGCUACGACAUCCAAUGGACGCCGGAGACGAGUUUUAUCAGUUCGGGCGGGAGUGGUGGUAGUAGUUCUGGCGGCGGCAGUAACGGUGGGGAAGGGAGGAGAGAAGGAGGGGGGAGAAGACCGUAUUUUAUUAGUGUGGGGAGUGCGCAGCGGGAGAGGGGGUUUGAGGGGGAGGGAUAGGUAGGCUACGGUGGCGACUUCGUCCGUUUUCGACAGAGUGUUUCGUUUUUUGUGUUGUUGUUGUUGUUGUUGUUGAGUGCGAUUGUAUGUGUACUUUGCCGCGUUUCGUUCUCGCUUUGCUUGCUGAAUCUGUCUGUUUGUGUCUGUCUGUGUCUGUUUGUGUCUGUCUGUGUUUGUGCUUGUCUGUGUCUGUUCGUCUGUUUGUGUUUUGUACUACAUAUUUGUAUACCAUACCAUAUCAUAUCAUCUUAUUU